UUGGUCAACUGACAGUUACUUGUGUUACUUGACGUUUCUGCUGAAGAAAGAUCAUUUUUUAAAUAUAAACAAUGUCGGUUGCACAUAAAUUUAAAGAGAAACAACGCACUACUGAUGUUCUUAUCAACGAGUCCGUAGAUUUUACAGGUCUCCUCUUGUCCAAAGAUGUUCUUAAGGGCUUAAUAGAUGCUGGAUUUCAAAAACCGUCACCGAUUCAACUUAAAGCUAUUCCAUUGGGAAGAUGCGGCUUGGAUUUAAUUGUUCAAGCUAAAUCUGGAACUGGUAAAACAUGUGUUUUUACAGUUAUUGCUCUGGAGAGUGUCAACGUCAGCUUGAAUGGAAUCCAAGUUCUCGUGCUAGCACCAACUAGAGAAAUAGCUCAACAGAUCCAAAAUGUGGUUAAAACAAUUGGCAGCGCUUUGACAGGCUUGAAGUGUCAGACAUUUAUUGGAGGACUCCCAUUGCAGCAAGACAAAGUGUCUGCUAAGAAAUGUCACAUUGCUGUCGGAACACCAGGUAGGAUUAAACAGUUGAUAGAAAUAGGUGCACUGGAAACAGCAUGCAUACGAUUGUUUGUUCUGGAUGAAGCAGACAAGCUUUUAGAAGGUGACUUUCAAGAGUCUAUCAACUGGAUUUACUCUAGUCUUCCUGACAACAAACAGAUCUUAGCAUUGUCUGCUACUUAUCCUGAAUAUUUAGCCCAUCACCUGACAGCAUACAUGAGAAAUCCAACAUUUGUACGUUUGAACUCUGCAGAUCCUGCGUUGCUUGGCAUUAAACAAUAUUUUGUCUCUGUGCCUAACCACCCAAUGCCCAAUGUUGUGUUCAAUUCCAAGACAGAGAUGCUGAUCAAAAUACUCUCCAGCAUUAAUUUUCAGCAGUGCCUCAUUUUCUCUAACAUGCAGACACGAGCAAAAAAUCUCCAGUCAGAAUUAGAAUCCAGAAAAUGGCCUACAGCUUGUAUAGCUGGAUGUCUGGAACAGAAAGAGAGAAACUUUGCAAUGGAUCAGCUCAAAACAUACAAGUGCCGCAUUUUGAUAUCAACAGAUCUGACUUCUAGAGGGAUUGAUGCUGACAAAGUAAAUAUGGUAAUUAAUAUGGACAUCCCAGGUGACCAUGAGACAUAUUUACAUAGAAUUGGAAGAGCUGGUCGUUUUGGUUCCCAUGGUAUUGCCAUAACAAUCAUCACUGCAGAUGGUGAGAAUAAAGAACUCAGGGCUAUUGAAAAGAAAUGUAAUACAUUGAUCAAAGCUUUACCAGAUCCUAUUCCAAGGGACCUGAUCAGUAGGACUGAACCUAUUUCAAUUGAUGAUAUUGUCACUAGUGAGCAGAUUAUUAACAAACCAGAUAUGGCCGACCAAGAACAGGAGGUAUUAGCACAGUCCAGCAAUCUUUUGACUCCUGACACAGAUAAUAAAGACAGUGUCAUGGCUUCAUUAUCUGAUGUGUCCGACUUUGAUCACUCACUGACAAGUAAUGUGAGUAGUGUUUGUAAAACUAAUGGCCACUUACAUCUUUUCAAUGGAGAAGAACAGGAGCACAUUGCACUUGAAACUAGUCUUUCAGAUCAAAUACAUCUAUCAUGUACACAGGAUGCAACAAAACAGUGCGAUGAGCUCAAAGAUCAUAAGACAGAUAAAGAUGAAGCUUUGAACAAACAAAGUUCUAAAGAUAUACCAGUAAGCGUUUCCACAAGCUCUUUAGAAAGUGAAGUAACUAGCAAUGGUUUAAUUGAAACUGAAGAUCAUGCCUCUAACUCAACCAAUGAAGAAAUGCUAGGCACAUUAUCUGGUCAUGAAGCAGAGUUUAAAGUUGUGAACUUGAUGAGAGAAGAAGUUAAAGAGGAUGGCUUAAGAAAUAAAUCUGAAAAUAGUUCACUUAAUGGGAAUGACAAAGGCAAGGCUCAGGGUGGUGGUGUAAAAUCUUUGAACAGAAGGAGAUCAUUGAGGUCAUAUGCAGUGUCUGAUUUUUUGCAAUCUGUGAAUGAUGAUUUGUUGGCCCUCAGAACUAUGGAUGUUGGUGCAGGAGGAGAUGGCUAUGAAAAAAGCUCUGUAAACAAAGCCCAGUGUGAUGUUGAUGGUUAUGGCAUUAUAGAUACACAAGAUAGUCUUGCAAAGGAAGCACUGAACAUUUCAAUGAAUCAGUCAGCAGUGGACAUCAACAUUGCUGACAUUGAAGGAAUAGCGAAGGACAUAAAACACAGUUCAUUUGAUGAAAAUGUCUCAGUGCAUGGGUCAGUUGUAAAUAAUAAAUUUAUUAUGGUGCAAAGAGAAGACGAUGUAAGUCUGCCGGAUGAUUUAGAUGCACAUAAAGAAGAUAUCCCUUGUGCACUAGAUCAAUGGGAUGUGCCUGUUUGUAAAACAAAUGAAGAGAAGCUGGAAUCUCAGGUCAGUAAUGUCCAAAUAUCUGACAAAGACAUUGAAGGUGUCACUAGUCCAGGUAGUGUUUCAACUCAUUUCAAUACUCAGUGUGAUAGCAAAUUAGAGUUAAAUGAAACUCAGAACACUCUGGUUUGUAAUGAUUAUCUUUCAGAGUUUCUCCCUGCGGAUGUCAAAGCUACAGAAACACUUCCUAAUGACACUAUAGCUGAUUCAGAUCCUUCAAAAAUCAUGCAAAAUAAGACAAUUGUUGAUCCUAUAGACAAAAUUCAUGAUGUUCAAAACAGUGCAGCUCAUGAUGUACAGAGUGGUGAUUCAGACAUUCCUAAAUCUAUUAAUCAAUCAUCUCUCAUUGUAAAUAAUGAAAGUGUCACCAAUUGCUUUGACAUCAAUAAAAUCAUAAAGGCUUUAAGUUUUCUUCCGGCUCAUUCUUUAGAAGGGAGUCAUUCUGCUACAUUCAAUGACCUUGUCAAAGAUCACACUGCUUUCUCUGAGCAGUUUGAUAAAGCAAGCUUGGAAAAGCCAAAAUUAACCCAACUGGUAGAACAUACAGAGUUGUUAGAGAACAUUGACUGGCAAGCUGUUUGUGGCAGUAACAGUGAGAAACUAGAACAUUUCAAGUCUAGUUUAAGAGACAAACUCAAAGUCAUAGAGAUGGAGAGAAUUUUAAAUACUGAGAGAACGGCUCAUCAAAAAAUGGAGGAUCAAAUUGCCAGUCAUCCAAAAAAACAUGGGAAGACUAAAGACUCCCCCAAGAAAAGUUUUGAUCAUCCCAGUAGUGAGCUAAAUGAAGAACAGCAACAAGACCAUGAUUUAAUAGCUGAAGAAAGUGGAAGUGAGAAAUCCAAGAGUAGAAAAAACAAAGGAGCUAAACCUUCAGACAGUUUGAACUGGAGAAAAACUAACAAGGGGGAAAUGGCUCAGAACUACAUAUGCUCACCUAAAAAAAGAAAUGCAGAAAACAGCACAAGUGUAGUUUUGCAAAAAGACAAGAGUUCUAUCCAGAGAAACUCUAAAGAAAAUAUUAAAGUAGGCCAUACAUCAUAUGACCAGAGCAUUGAAAACUUCAAAGCACUGAAAACAAAAUCUGUAACAAUUUCCCCUAGUGCUGAAGCACAUAGAAGAGUGGAUGAAAAGCCGAGACGGACUAAAGGUAAAGACAAUGAAUGCCAGGCUUUGGAUGACAUGCAUGAAAGCAUGAUGAGGAAAAGACAGGAGCUUAAGAGGCUUAAACAACAAAAUUUAAUUUCUGCUACUACAACUGCUACUGAAAGAACAGAAACAUUUAUUACUAAAGACAACACUGAUAUUAUCAUUGACUCCACACAUUUGAUCUCAAAUACUAAUGCAGAAUCAGAUGAGGUACUAGCUUCAGACUCAUCAAGCUAUCUUACAAAGAAUGAAAGUGUUAUAAAAUGCACUGAAGUAUCAACAUCUGUGGUAGAAGAUGUCAUAAAAAAUGUAACUAAAAUGGAAACAUUAAGCCCUAAGGUGAAGACUAAAUCUGAUUCAGCAAUAGGAUCUCAACAAUGUAAUGUAGACAUUGGCAAAAACCACAUCAAUGACUCUUUGAAGAAUGAUGAAAUUCUCUUAAAGGAAACAUUCCCAGACUCUGUUACUAAAGAAAAAGACUCAGUUAAUGCUCUGACUGAUCUUUCUGAACACAAACUUCACUCAGAAGUCUCCAAACCUGACUUGAAAAAACCUGUAUCUAAAACUUCUAAACACUUCCACAUCAGUAUGGAGACAAAAGAAAUGAUCAGUAGUGGUAAAUGUAAACCAAAAAAACCAUCUAAAACUCAAGCCAGAUUGGCUGGGUUGGAAGUCUCUGAUGGCUCUACCUCAUCAUCCACAUCUUACCUCAGUUCCACCUCUGAGGUGUCUGACGUUGGCUCAGACACCGACCAUGAGAGCCGUUCUACAAAGUCCCAGUGCUAUGCCAAUAGAUAUGCAGAUGAUGGUACGGUCACUUUGAAUGACAGCAGGAUGUCCUUUCCUGGCUCUGUGAUGCCUUACUCUGGUCAUUAUUCCAAAGAAGAUGCCUACCUUAAGGACUACUCUAUUUCCUGUUCAUCACCAUUUGUGCCCACUUGUUUGCCCACAUCACCACUCUAUAAGCAACAUUCUAUGAAGAAAGUCAAAGUAAAGGGAGCUAAAGCACAUUCGACUGAGAUGACAAAAGCCUUACCAAGUGUCAAGGCUACAAACUCCACACCAAAGGGUGUUGGUAAGUCAUCCACUGAUGCUCCAAAGAAAACAACACACAAAAAAGAUGAUUCUGAUCACCACAGAAAGCCCAAACUUGCUAAAGAAAGAAAAUCUAGUAGCUCUUAUCAAUUUCGGGAAAAUGGUACAAAGAACACUUGUAGCCCCUCCACCUCAAGCUCUGCUCAUUCAUCAGUGCACAACCAGUCCUGUCAUUUCCCUUAUUUAGACCACUUCUGUCCAAUGUUUGCUGCACCAGUUUGCUGUUGUGGCAGAGCUAAGUUGCAGCUCCCUCUGCCCUAUGAUUUGGCCUAUCAACAGGACAUUUUCAGUCCAGCCUUGUUUCCUGUGCAGUAUUCUCCACACUACCAAUACAGUAAGUUGUAUCAAGCCUCUCUUCAGUAUCACUACCUACGCUGUAUGACCAAAGCACUUAUACAGCUCAACAAAAUGUGGUUUUAUACAGAGUAACUUCCACAGACAAAUGUUUAUGUUUUAAAUUGAUGUAAGGGAAUGUUAUGCUUACUUUCCAAAAGGGGUUUAAAAAAAAGUGUCAAACAUUUUUGAGGUUAAAAUAAAGUAGUAUUUACACUGCUUUGCUGUAUUAGUACAAGGUAAUCAAAUGUAUUAGACUGUUGACCGAACUGAAAUUAUAAUACACCUUACCACACCUGUUGAAAGCCCACUUAUAUUUUUCUUUUGAUCAUCUGAAAUUCUGUACAUGCCUCUUAAAAAGAGGGGGGAGGGGACUCAUAGAUGCAUAAAUGAGAUUGAUUAAUUUCAAUUGGAAUGAUUAUGAAACUUUAUUUUAUUUUUGUGACAAGUCUGUUCAAUAACUUUUUAACCGAUCACUAUUUUUUUUCAGGGAUUUUUCUAUGUACUGGUAUGUUUUAUUGGUUGACAAACAUUUUUUUGUUUCAUUAAUGUAGUUAAUGCAUUAGAAGAUUGAUUUUUUUUUUAAUUUAUCAAAAAUGUAUUCUAAAUGUAUUCUAAACUCUUACAUUCAGCUCAACAUAUUUCAUGCCCUAUAAUUCCCUUUUAUCAAUUUAUGACCAGUCCAUUGUUUUCUUAAUUUCAAUGAGAUAAUUCUGUUUCAGCAAGUUUUGAGUUACUGAUGUUGGUUAAUAUUGUUAUUUGUUUAAAAUAAAACUCAGAAAAAUU